GCUGUCAAAAAAAAUAUUUUAGGAAAUAGAUCGACUUUGUAAUUUAGCCUUGUCUUAUUUAAUUUUAUUCAAUUUAGAGAUUUUCUUUAUAUUUUAAGUGCUUGUGUAUGUGACUAUCAUCAUGGCUAACGACGAGGCUGUGUUAAAAGUGUAUCUCUCGAAAUACAAGCAUCGAGAUAUUACAUCACGAGAGGUGAUUAAUUUGAUUCAAGUUUAUCGGAGUCUGACUUAUCGUUUAGAAGCCUUUGUGUUCAAUAAUGGAGUUCGAAAGGAUCUGCUCAGUCUAGAAGGAACCAUACCGGUGAACUACAAAGGCUCAUUUUAUAACAUACCCGUAUGCAUUUGGUUGAUGGAUACGCAUCCACAGAAUGCGCCGUUGUGUUUCGUAAAACCAACACCCGAUAUGUCUUUAAAGGUGUCCAGGUAUGUCGACAGCAAUGGAAAAGUGUAUCUACCGUACUUACACGAAUGGAAAGCGAAUGGAUCAACUCUACAGACCCUUGUGCAAUGCAUGAUUUCAGCAUUUGGUGAAUUGCCACCAGUGUUUGCUAAGCCACGAAACGAGACUCGAGCGCCGUACCCCGUGAAUUCUUUCAUGCCACAGCCAUCUGGAUAUCCAUUUCCUGCAGUGAGCCCUCCACAACCUGGUGGUUACCCGUCAGUAACUCCAUAUCCUACAACAUCUAAUCUGCCUUACCCAAAUUAUGGAACACCAUAUCCUGGUUUAGUCAACACUAAUGGACCACCAUUCUCCCCUCCUAACACAACACCGUACCCUCCUGCACAACCAUCACUAGGGACUGAUGUAGCCGGUGGAACUAUUACCGAGGAGCAUAUCAAAGCUUCCUUGUUAUCUGCGGUAGAGGAUAAACUGAGGAGGAGACUCAAAGAGCAAUCUCAACAAUCACAAGCAGAGCUUGAAACCUUGCGCCGCACUCAACACGAACUUCGUGAAGGCAAGUCAAGACUGGAAGAUAUUUUGACAAGAUUGCAAAGGGAGAGGACUGAACUUGAUAAAAAUGUGACUAUAUUACAAGAAAAGGAGAAGGAACUGGAGUCUGCUGUGGAACAUUUGGGUGAACAAGAGAGUGUAGAUGUUGAUGAAGCAGUUGUGACUACAGCUCCAUUGUACUCACAGCUAUUGAACGCCUUUGCAGAGGAAGCUACUCUUGAGGAUGCUAUCUACUACAUGGGUGAGGCUUUACGGAAAGAGAUUAUCGAUUUGGACACGUUUUUGAAGCAGGUACGAACAUUGGCUCGGCGACAGUUUACUUUAAGGGCUCUAAUGCAUAAAUGUAGGCAAAAGGCCCAACUAGCAUGUUGAACCAACCAGCACUGAUAACAAAAGAGUUCAAACUUGUUAUCUUCAAAUAUAACUAUAUAUAUAUUAUAACUGAUAUGAACCAGCUCAGUAACUAUGUAUUACUGAUUUUGAAAAUGUGUAUACUUUGAUUGUAAGUAUUGAUUAAGUGUUCAACAACACCAUUCUUUGAUAAUGUUGCAGACUGCCUAUAUACAUGCUUUGAUUAUAUUAUAUGAAUUAUAUGUACUAUUAUUGGUUUUACUAAUAACUUUUAUGAACAACUAAAUUAACUUAAGUUUUAAGAUGAACUGUGGCCAUAGCACUAAAAUUGUGUUAAUUACAUUUCUGUUUCAUAUCACAUUAUUGGCUGAAAAUAGUCUUGCGAUAACUGUCCUGUAGUCAAUAGUUCAAGUGUGUCUAUCUACAGGUCAAUUUCAGAAAACUGGCAUCAAUUAUUCCAAUCGCAGUUGCUCUGAUUGGCUGAAUUUAUGGUCUUCUUGUUGGAACAAUGCAUUAUAACCAAAAAUGAGCUAAUGUCAGCCAAUCAGAGGUGAUUGCGAUUGUUACAUUCUAGCUGUCAUCUUACCAUCACCAAACCACAGAAAUGAUUGUGAUCUUCACAUUGUAGCUGUCAAACUAGUGCUAGGCCCUCUAUUGCAAUAUUGGGUAAAAGUAUUAUUUGAUUUCCCUUCAGGCAAAUAUAUAUCUAUAUUUUAUUUAUUUGUAUGAUAGAAGUUAUCAUUAUCACAAGCUAGGGUGGUCUUAUAAGUAUGUGAUUUCAUUAAAUAUUAAGUAUAGGAAAUCAUAUUUAGCGAGUAAAUAAAAAAUAUCAUUUAUGAUUAUGCUUCUAGUUAUAAAUUCUUGAGUAUAACUUGAUUUUUGCAGUCAAUGUAAUUUUUUUUUUUUAAUUCAUAUUCUUAUAAUAAUUAUUAAUUAUGCAUUGUUUUAGAUUAUGAGUGACCAAUUCAGAAUUUAUUACAGUUUCUUAAUAAAUCUAAGAAAUGAAAUCUGUAAAGCAUUUGUAACUGACUUAAAAAAGGAAGAUCUUUACCAGUUUAUUAUUGAACGUUAUUAUAAUGUAUGUACAUGGAUUUAUCAGUUUCACAUUUACGUACUAUAAUAUUAUGUAAGUAUGCGAUCUCAGAGUUUUUGAUCUAAACAUGAAUCAUUUCAUAAUUUUUAUUUAUGAUAGUGUUUUUACAGGAAAAUUUCCAAAUAUUUUUUACCUACUUAACAAAAUUUUUUGAAUCCUGCCGAUUCCACAACUUUUUAUAUGUAUUUAAAAUUGAGAAUCCUUUCCUUAUGCAUGCUUUACAUAGAAGUGGUAAAUGUUAGGGGUCAUGGACACAGUGUUUUAAAUUUGGAUGUGUACAAUCUCUUGACUGAACUGAAUUGACAGGUCUAAAAAUUGCUCUCCCUUUCUGCAACAUUGAAAUGAAUGAAUGAAAAUAUGCUUUAUUGUAGAAAUAUACAAAAUAAAAUAUACCUAAAAAAUAAAAAUAUAUGUCAUUGUGAUCAGGUCAGAAUUCCUUUUAGACAUGUCAAUUUUGAUUAAAAAUUUGUCUUCAACUAAAUUGGUACUGACAUCAUACUGAUGUCUUUUCCCAAAAUAUACAGUCUGUUAUAUUCAGGGAUGUGGUGCAGGCACUUCUGUGUGUACCACACUUUAUACAUAUUUAGUGCUUGAAUACACUGAUACUAUUUUCAGUAAUAUAUUAUGGAUAAUAAUAUAUCUAUUGGGGUUUUAAGGAUUUGACAAUAAUGAAACUGUAAAUUACUUUGGAUUCAUAAAUUAGUAAUUUUAUAAUAUGUAGUUGUAUGUAUUUGUGUUAUUGUUUGUAUUAUCUACUUAUAGUUAUUAGUUUUAAUAUUGAUUACAGUUAAAUAUACUUAAAGUCGCUUUGUUUAUUACCAAUUUACGUAUCAUCCAUUGAAUGGGGACCUUAGACAAACUUUUCCACAUAAUGUACAGUAAUAUAAUUUCCUAGAGUUUAAUUGUUUAUACCAGUAAGGUCUUGAUGAAAUUAUUAAUGUGUCACGAGAGGUGA